AUGUACAAAAUUACCUUAAUCGUGAAUAUUGUAGUUAUAUCGACUGUUGCGUCACAACAUAUAACACCAAAGAGAUAUGUUAUGCAGAAUAUAAAUAAUAUAUCACCGAAUAAAAUGUACCAAGUACCAUCUUCAAGUCCAAGUAUAUUAUCGCAAUACAAAAUUGUAUCCAUACCCAAGCAAAUGGUAUAUUCAGUACAAAAUGCAUCUAACAGAAUACAACGUAAAACAAAUAAAAAUGAUUUACUAGCGAAGAAAUUGAGGUUGGCGGCUGUGCAAAACGUUAUGGCUGCUGUAGAAGCUAGCGGUGCAGAAAAACAAUCAGCUAAUCUCCUAAGAAAUGCACGUUUAUCGCUUCAUUGA